AUGCCUUCUUAUUUCUGUAAGUUUUAUUUGUUUCAAAGAACUCCAGGGAAAAUAGUAUUUAAUUCUUCAGUUUUGUUUGGAUCACAAGUCGAGGUGAAAACUUGGAUAAAUAUCCAACAUCAAUUCGAACAAUUUAGUUCACCAUGUUCAUUUUUGAUCAAUGCUUUACUAAUCUGGAUAAUUUAUCAUAACUCACCAAUUUCUAUUGGAGCAUACAAAUAUUUAUUGAUCUACAUUUCAAUUUUUGAAAUGAGUUAUUCAAUGAUCAAUUUUACCCUUCAACCAAUCUUCAUAUCCGCGAGGAGUUUUUAUUGCAUUUUUGUAGAUGUUCGAGGAUCGACAAUUGAUCCUGGACUUAUGCGAGUUUUCAUUUCGGUAUAUUGCGCAGUUUUUGGAGCAUCUCUAGGUCUUUUCUGUAUUCAUUUUAUUUAUCGAUAUUUAGCUGCUUGUCAACAUAAACUUCUUCAAAGUUUCGAAAGUUGGAGAAUUAUUUUCUGGCUCCCAGUUCCGAUUUUCUUCGCAUUUAUUUGGUCAAUGAUAUCUCUUUUAUUAGCACCACCAAGUGAUUUGAAAAAGGAACUUAUAAAUAAUCGUCUCUUGGAAAUAUCCGAUUUCAAGCCUGGGGAUAUAGUCUAUCUUUCAGUAUUUUUCUAUCCAAUUGAUCCUGAGACAGGAAAACAAUAUACAGAUCCAAUAUCUGUUUUGAGUGCCGUUAUAGCAAUUACAACUUUGUAUAUUUCAUUUGCAAUACUUUUAUAUUUCGGUUUGAAAUGUUACAAAGAAAUUAAAAAACUUGUUAGUUCCUCAUCAAAAUCAGCAAAUUAUCAAAACAUGCAAACUCAAUUAUUUUUCGCAUUAGUUAUUCAAACUCUAAUUCCUUGUAUUCUUAUGCAUAUUCCAUGUUUUUUAAUGAUUCUUUCUGCAAUUCUUAACAAAGAUAUUGGAUAUCUAACCGGUAUUGUUACAAUUACAAUUGCUUUAUAUCCAACUAUUGAUCCACUUCCAAAUUUAUUGAUUAUUAAAAGUUAUCGAAUAGCAUUAAAAAGAUAUUUGGGUUUUCAUUUGAUUGUUAAGAAAAAUCAAUUGAGUGAUGUGACAUUUGUUGAUAUGAAAACUAGAAUUGAAACUACAACUACUGUACUUUAA